AUGUCGCAGGUCCCCACCAAGACUUCAUCGUACAUCUACGACGACCUGACUUCCUCUCCCGAUCCACUCGCGACAUCGUUCGACGAUGACCAGGUCGUUGGCAGUGUCGCAUCUCGAAAAGAACCGUCGCCAUCCAAAGCAAAGAGCGCAUACUUAGCGAAGGGGCAGAGAAGACCUUCGAGAACAACACACCACGAUUUCGGAACCAUACCUUCCUCUCCUUUCCGCGCCGUGUCCGAACAGAACAUCAGUCCGUGGAAGAUCAGAGUCACAGUCGAAGCUAAACAGGAAGAAUCAGACAUGGAUCACCCGGCGUCGCGGAGAAUAACUAGGACGGUAAAGAUCCCAUUGCGACAGGACUCGUCGCUGCUAGAAGAGACCAAUGGCCCUCUCAGAGGGAGACGGUCGCAAGCCAGUCCUAGUAAGAGCAAGAGGAGCGCGACCCCGGUCCGUGAGGGAAGGAAUGGUGUUCGAUCUCGGAGACAGAGUGUCACAGAUUUGAACGUUCGUCCAUUGGGCGACGAUGCCGAGGAGGACGACUGGCUGAGACAGAAACGAUCGCCGCGCAAGAGAAAACCGUCUCAGACAAGGAAGAGUGUCCGUGGCGGCGGAGGCAACACCCAGACGUCGUCGUCGCAGUCAGCAGAGAAGUCCAAUGUUUCUGAAUUUGAGAUCCGGCAAGACACCGAUGCUGAAAGCGAUGAUGGUGUCAUACAUCAGGGACAAGCCACGUCUGGACGUGAGUCGUCCGAACUACGCGCCAUGGACCUAAACCGAGUCUCGACUCGAGCCCGAGCGCUAUCAACAAAGUCUAUGGCAGAUCCUGAAGGGCAAGAACAGGAUAUCGAGGAUAACAACGCACCAGCAGCUCUCCCGCCGAGAAAGUCUGUGGAAGCGCGAAAAGUGUCCGCUAACAGCGCGAAGAGCUAUCCAACUCCAUCUCCCACUUCAUCCUACCGCGGCGAUUCUGACCACGUCGACAAACCCAUGGAGGAUAUCUCUCCUGGUCAUGAAGCCUUCGACACCAUCCUUGAAAGCGAAGGAUUUACCAUGAUCGAUCUGGACACGCUGCCUUCAGCCAAGCAGUUCUUGAGUAGCCCGGCAGAAUUGGAAGCCAACAACUCUGCUGGAUCUUCUAAUGAAGCGUCGGAAAACCGAGAGUCGGCCACCGCCCUCAACCGCCAUGACCAGCAUUCAAGUCAACAGAAUAAGCCGGUUCACCCAGAACUUAUGACAUAUCCUGUUCUGAACCACGAUGAAAGUGACUUAUCCAGCACCGUCCCAUCAUCACCACCAGUCUCGGAGCAGGAGAAGAGUCUCCUCCAGGUGCCCUCUUCGUCAUCAAGUGCUGGUCGAAAGGUGACUCCACAACCCUAUUCAUCUCCCAAACUACCUUCACCACCAAAACAAGAUGUUCAACGAACUUCAAACCACCGAAGCCGUGGAUCAGUCUCUGCUCUGGUCGCAGGCAUUGCACUACAAGGAGUUGUCUCACCGAAACAAUCCCGCGAUGGAGGUUUGGUCAGAGAGAAACGAACGUCGUCGCCGGUUACAAAGUCGGACAACCCAGGUCCGCUGUUUCAGGGAUUUGACUACGGUACGCAACGCGAGCUGAGAGCCGGUCUCAGAUUCGGAGAAGAACUUGCUAAACGACAAUCUCCAAACCAGCCGGCGACUGCCUCUGCCAGUCAUUCGUCCGCAGACAAAGAGUCCAAACCGCUGGGGCUGGGCAUUAGCACUUUUGAGAAAUCCCAAGCUAAUGUAGCUAAUCAUCCCGCUACCCAAAUCUGGCGAGGUGAGAACCUGGUCCAACGAACACCGGUUCAGGUCUCAGCCAGCACGGCUAGCAAGGAGACUGUCGUCGAGAGAUCGCCUCCACAUACACCCCAGCCCUCAUCCUUGAAAGAAGUAGACGAGAAGCUGCUGGAUACCCAGGCUCGACGAGAACGCGAAUGGCAGUUGGAGCGAGACGAAAUCAUCAGACAAAUCCAGAAUGCUAACGAGAGCCAGGUCAUUGUGAUUGACAGUGAUAGCGAGGAUGACGACGACGAGGGACAAGAAGGCAACGACCGCCCUGGUUUAUUCGAGCAACUGACAGCUGAUGCCGACGCUGAAGAGCAAGCUGAAGAAGAAGAGGACAUCUGGCUUGCCGAGGCAAAGAAUUCCUCUAGUCCAGGACCUGAAGCCCAUGAGAAUGACUUCCCCACCCGAACUGAACAAGUCAGGCAGCGUGAGCCACCAAAGGAAGUCCUCAGUCGUCCUCGUCGGAGCCUGAUCCCCAGUCCUUGGAAACGCGGCGAGGAUAUAGACACACCACAAGAACAAAUCAGCUUUGUAUCGACCAACGCGGAAGAAAUCAGCGGUCUUUUGUUCUACAAAGAACCCGAGAGCAAGGUCUUGUUUGGCGCCGGAGAAAUCAAGAGACAACAACUCCGCCAAAGACGCGGCAGCGGUAGAUUCGACAUUGACCUCAUGGCAGGGACGCCGCCGAAAGUGAAUGUUGAGGACGAGAAAGACGAGACAAGUACAAGCGACAGCCUAGAUAACGAAGAGGAGAGCAUUGAGGAUUCUGCGGUAUCAAACUCUACGGCUGGACGUGCAUCGGAGCAUGACGAUGGAAGCAACAUCUCACCAGAUGCUCUGGAAACCCUCCAAGAUCACAGAAACGACAUCAGUGGCAGUCCAGAAGCCGCUUCGUCCCCUGCACAACCGGCCAGAGUCCCGGUCAUGUUCAACGACUCGUCAAUAUCCAUCGCCGCACAGCCAGAUGUAUACAGUCAGCCUAUCAAACUUCAACUUCAGCCGCCAUCGCCCGAACAGCACAUGCAGCUAUCGUCUCCUCAGCGGCCCCCUACACCUCGCUCCGCCUUGAAAGGGUCCCGACAAAGUCUCGGCGAAGGUCUGGCGGGUGAGGGGUUAAACACACCGACCAUGAUUAGAAGAGUGGUCUUUAGUGAAAGAUCCAGAGGUGUGGAUAUUGAUGGGCUGGAAAGCAGCUUCAGCAUGAGAUCUGCAAGUGAUGAUUCCACGGCGGGUGAGGUUCAUGGGCAGUUGAACCGUGAACUACAAUUCGAGUGGCAAUCGCAACGGCCGGCCCAUGAACCAGCACGAACCGGCAACGCAUGCUAUGACGAACAGACAGGAUCGCAUGAAAAGGUUCGAGAACGUCGACAUCAUCCGUCUACAAAUGCGGAAGUUUGGAUCCCGGUAGACAUCGCUCGGGAAGCUAGGUCUGCGCCUCAACCUGAACCUGAACCUGCACCCGUGAAGAAGGGAUGGACCAGCUGGUUGUGGGGAUCAAGGACGACACCUGAGCAAGGUCUGGACUCGAGUUCAUAUUCUGAUGCCGAACAAGGCCGGGACCAGACUCGAUCUCGAUCAAGAACGACAAGCACAGAACCCUACAAGCCUCCACACAUGGAUGGGACGAAAGACGAUCCCGAGGAUGACGACUCCCAAGACCAACUUUCGGGCUGGGAGAAGACCAAGUCAUCCAUUCCAUCUUCCACCUCGGCGUCAGCGUCAGUGUCGGUGUCGACCUCGAAGAAAGCCCAGACAAGAACGGAGAAGUCGACACAAUCACAACGACAUCCUCAGUCUCAGUCCCAGUCUCACUCACGUCAUCAUCAUCCUCAAACAACACAACCCAACACAGCUCGUACCGUCAUUAGCACCCACCACAAAUCCUCUUCUGCUGCUGCUGCUGCUGCUGCUGCUUCUUCUCACCAUCAUCAUGACCAUGACAUCUCAACCGUCAAAAUACCAUCCUAUCUCCUCCCACCAUCCUACCCGUCGGAUCCAUCCCGUUCAGCACGAUCAACUACAUCGUCGUCCUACUCGUCAGCCCCUCUACCUCUAUCACUCGAGGGCAAAUUCACAAACACCCAUUUCCGCACAUUACACAUCAUCUACCGCAAAUCGCUCCGGCCCAAAUUCCACGCCCCGCCGCGCCACACGAUCCGGUCUGAGAUCAUGGCUCUGCAUGGCUGUGAGAUGGAAAUUGACGAGUCGGCGCAUAUUGGCGGAGACGGCGACGGUGACGGAGACGAAGACGGAGAGAGAAACGGGGACGGAGACGGAGACAGAGACGGAAACAAAAACUCUAACUCUCCCGGCAACAAUGCCAGCGAAGGAGACAGCAGUGUCGGCGGUGUCUUUGUCUGGAAAGUCGGGCUUGCCGAAUGUGAGGUUCUGGAGCGGUUCAUGCAGGAAUGCGAGUUCAGCCAGGGGAUUUGGAUGGGUAGGGAAGUACUGCUGCCAGAGCAGGGUCUGCAUCAUCGAUUUGGCGUGAUGAGUGAUGAUGGACAUGGAGAUGGCCGUGGUGGUGUUGGUGUUGGUGUUGGUAUCGAUGGCAGUGGCAAUGGCAAUGUCAGACUCGGUCGAAAAGUUCGUAUUGCUUGGGGGUGGAGUGUCGAACAAUUGGCCGAGUGGCUUUGUCGGAUCGUUGUCGGGGAGGUCGUUCGUGAGGAGGAGCGGAAGGUGAAGAUGAAGCUGGAGAUGAAGGCCAGGACGAAGAUGAUGAAGACGAAGGCCAAGAAUAGAGGAAGGGAGGAGUAG